UGUUAAAGUUGGAUGAGAGCGAAGUUUUUAGAAAUGAAGAAGUCGCAAACAUUUGAGUGUAUUUCUGUGGGGCUUCCCAUCUUUGUUUCUUUGCUUUCUCUGUCUUUUGGUUUGCUUUUUCACCCUCACACAUCAAUUCUCUCUCAUGUAGCUGCUGUCGAUUGAAAGACUAGGAAAGAGCCCAAAAUUCAACGUUCUGAGUGGUUGCUGCAUUAUCUGCUUUUCUUUGCUUUCUUUUUCUUCAUUUAUUUCAUUCUCUGACUUAUUAGACUUUGCACCAUCUUCUCCUUUUCUUCAACUUCUGCUUUCCCAUAAUUGUUCGCAUCUCUCCCCAGUUAUUCUUUUUUUUUUUCUCUACUUUCACCCCCUCCAUAAGUGGUAAAAAACCCACUUUGUUCACUCAAUUUUUCUCUCUUUUUUUCUGAUACUCAAACGGACUCUCUCUCUCUCCCCAAAGCAGUACUAUGUCCCUGAAGCACACUCAGAAAUCUCAAGAUACCAUAUCCAUUUUCUUACUCAAGAUGUUAAAGAGAUUGAAGAUUAAUCUGGAGUUCGACGGUAGCGGUCUUACUUCUGUUUGCAACUGAUAUUAUGAGGUGAAGCACUAGCCGGUUCUAAGCAGUUUUCCAUUGGUAGUACAUAUAGACCGAAGUGCUUUACUGUUUCACCCAGUCAUGAUAUCUCCAAAAUCCAAAUCGGAUUUUGAAAAUGAUUUAGAAGUUAGUAGCCAAGUAGCAUCCAACAUAUCUGUGCACGAACUAUCCCCUGAUCCCUCCAAGGAUAGCACCACCCCUUCUUCCUAUCUCACGGAUCUCGUUAAGCAUCAAGAGAAUUCUGUGCCAGUUUCCCUUGACUUAUCACUCCACUUCAACUCCAGUGAGAUUGAGUUGAAAGGAACAGGUGAGACUAGCAUUGAAGUAGCUGCCCAUACUCCAGCCACAACCAUCCCAAGAGUUUUCUCCUGCAACUACUGCCGGCGAAAGUUCUACAGUUCACAGGCACUUGGUGGCCACCAAAAUGCUCACAAGAGGGAGCGAACGAUGGCAAAGCGAGCCAUGCGAAUGGGAAUGUUUUCAGAUAGGUAUACUAACUUGGCUUCUCUGCCACUUAAUGGCUCCGCAUUUCGGUCUCUUGGGAUCAAAGCUCAUGCUGCAAUGCACCAAAGUAUCAUACAAUCACAAACCCCUCCUGUUACAAGAGGUGGAGCUAGGUUUGAGCAAGGCUAUUAUGGAAUGCCGAUGUUCAUGGAAGAUGAUGAUGUGGGUCCAUACUGGCCUGGGAGUUUUAGGCGGGUUGGUGAGGCAGUUGGUGGUAACUCAGGUUUAGAGUUGGCUCAAAGUCCGAAUAUGAAUUUUGAAGCAAGAGCACCCCCACCAAGGACAGAUUCAUCAGCACCUGAUCUUACUUUGAAGCUCUGAAUUCCUUUUACUUUUUUGAAUCUUAUUUUUCUCCUAGACAUACUUACUCAUAUCACUUUUCCCUUUGUACAGUGAGAUAUGCAAUGUCAAUGGCUAUGAGCUUUCUAAUUUUCAUUAGAACUUCGCUCCCUAUCUCUUUCUUAUUAUCAUUUUUUUUCUUCUUGGUGUAUUUUUAUAGUUCCAACUAUGUUGUUGUGCUCUUUAUCUACAAGAAUUUUGGAGGUCUAAAUCAAUGGAAAGAUCUCGCAGUAUAUUUAUAUUACUGUUUUUUUA